GCGCGUGUGCAGCCGCGUGAUUUGUCACCGCACUACCACUCAUCAACGAUCGAUCAUUGGCGCUGGCGUGGCUGAGAUAGUUGCGCGAUCAGUGUGCUUCGCGCCGCGUGAUUGUACGUUUCGUUUUGCUGCGUCGCAUCGCACUCUUCGUUAAACGAACGCACGUGCGAAGUGUUUGUAAAGUAUAUACGGAUGUGCACGAGUUCCUUGCUCAUAACGGAGCUCUUCGAGAAGGUCGAGGCUAGAAGGCAAAGCUUCGGCGAGAAAUCAAGCGGAACAAGUAUCACGAUCAUUGCAAUUGUCGUACUUUACGUAAAGUGUAAACGAGUUUUGCGCGACGUGAUGCGACUGACGAGUCAAUAAAGGACGACUUAACAAUAAACCGCCGUCACGCAGCUGUUUUGUGCGAAAUGUGCGAUGUACUGUCGCGACUGCAAUAUUAAUGCUAUAUGAGUUUAAAAUGAAAAGAUUUCAGAUUAAAGAAGAGAAAAAUAAGUACGAACAAAAAAAACAAGAAUAUGUGAGGUGAUGUUUACACGAAACUAGAGUGAAUCGUAAAUGAUUAAAAAGGAACGAAAUGAGUCCUUCACCCACUGCCAAUCGAAGUUUUCUGCAUGGAAACGGCAAGGCCGCCUUAAUCUCUAACAAGGUCGUUUACGCCACUCUUGAUAGCUUAGCUCUAAAACGAACGAGAUUACCGCUUCAGUUGCUUCCUGUGGAGAGCGACAAUGUUACAGAUAAGUCAGAAAAGCCAGACAAAAAAGAUAAAAGGCUUGUAAAUGGAAAAGCUUCGACUAAACGUCCAUCGUAUAAGGUGAAAUCCGGGGCGAGUCAUCAAUGGAAAAGUUAUUCGAAAUGCCUGGCCUUCUCUUCCUCGAAGACCGAGAACCUGUCGACGAUUCAUGCCACUAGAAUACUAGAUUCCGGAACCGAAUGUAAUAUCGAGAAUACUCUCAAACAAGAAAUUCAAGCACCAAGAAAUGCGACAGGUGUCGUAGAAAAUACCGUAGAAAGUUUAUUUUCCACAAAGCCACCUACGAAAGAAGAAUCUCAUAUUAAAAACUUUCAAAGCGACAAUAACAAUGAUUCAGCACAUACGCAAACAGUGGCGAAUUCUGGUAAUGGUGCAGCUCUUAUUAAAGAUCAAUGUGUGAAAGAAAAAUGCUCCAUAAAAAGAAAAGAUUCCAAUUCAUCCAGCGACUACGAAAAGAUUAGUAUAACAGAUUACAGAGUAUCCACACAAAAUAUUGAAGUCUCAGACAAAGAAAUUUCCGAAUCUAUCGCAUGUAUUUACAAAAUCGAGAAAAAUUCUCCUUCGAAGAUAGUUACAAAGUCGCGGUCCGUAAACGAUCUGACAACAAGAGAGGCCAUCUAUGAAAGCUCUUUUGUAGAAUCAGUCACGAGCAGUAAGAACGAUAAUAUAUCGUUGAGGCACAAAAAGAAGAGGCGCUUCACUAGAAACAUGCUACAUUAUGUACCGCAGCAUUUGAUAAAACAGCCAAAGAAGAAGAAGAAUCUGAAGAAAAAAUCCGUUCUAAGCAGCUCGCUGACUUCUCUAAAAUCGGAAACAGUGCUUUUCUCGAGAACCGUCCAAGACUCGUGCGUCAAAAACAAAACCCUGUCAAGGGACGAGUUGAGGAGUGUAAUCAUCUCGUCGCCUACGAAUUUCGUCCAUGUAGCAUCCGCUACGAAUCCCAGCCUGAUUCAAAACUCCGUUGGAUUCGAUCUGGAACAGAUCGUGAUCACUCAUCAUCAGAUAUGCAGUAUGUUACCUCUACUCAUUAGAAAGGACGAGCAACGCAAGAAUGGAAACAGUGAGCGCCAGCCCAAGGUCGCCACAAGAAUGUCUCUCGCGGAUGAUGUGAUUUCCAGACAAUCUUUGCAAAAUCAAGCUAUCGUGGAUAAGAGCGAUCAAACAAACUACGCGGAGAUACAGAGCGAGUUCUCGAGAGACUCACAAGCGGCGAAAGUUUUGGAGUUUGGCCAAAUGGUGAAAAUCGCGACUGGGAAUCAGGUCGAUUCAUCGGUAGAGACGUAUGAGCCGGUCUGUGAGUCUUUACCUGCGGUACUGCCACGGGCGAAUUGCAGCUUUCUGUGGAGUAAUCAAGGGGCGAAAACGACUUUACCAAAUGAUAAACCCAAUUCAAUCACUACGUGCCACGCCUCGAAAGAAAACAACGAGGGCACCGAUAGCGAGGAAUAUGAUGACGUUGGACCGUCGAACUUCAUUGCUCAAGCGAAAUCUGACUACGACGAUGUGGGUCCGCCGAUUGCUCGCCUUGAAAUCGACGCGCCAAUUGUUGACGCUAAAGAGGACUCUGAAGAGAUUUACGAUGACGUGAUGCCGCCCAGUUUCAAACAAGACAAUUCGAAAACCAUCGAUGAAAGCGAUUACCUGAUUCCGGAAACCAACGACGAGGCAUCGUGCAAGGAUCCACUUGUAGAAUUGCGAGCAAUGUCUAAGGAUCGCACGUUGGAGACGACGUUUUUCGCUUCGACAAUGAACGAUGAUCAGUAUUUCUCAGCAACAAACAAUGAAUACUCCAGCGUAGACUGUGAAAGUCAUCUGAGCGAGAAGGAGCCAGAUGAGCUGGGUGUGUAUGACGACGUCGGCCUGCCACCCAGUGAAGAACGUGUCAAUAGCCUUUACGCCGGCUCCAUACCUGGUUCUGUCUUAGGACUGACCUCGACAAACGGUAAGGAAUCCGAGUGGGAGGACCUGGAAGAAGCCUCGUGCGCAUCGCCCUGUCCUUGUCAAACUAAUGAUCCGUGCGAAAGAGGGACUGAGGGACAAAUCGCAUCAAGCAAAAAGAAGCUCGGUCGUCGAUGGUCACGAAAUGUUAGGAGGCAACGAUCUAGAAGAUCUCGCAGAAACAUCAAACCAACACGGAUGUCUCAUAAUACUGCGAUCAAUGAUAACGUUUCCGACGACAGCACGUAUGAGAGUCUGUAUUCCUGCCAACCAGAUAAUCUCAGCAGCGAUUCAGAGACGGAAACAAACAUUAUGCAGCAGCAGCAGCACGAUAAUCACUUAAUCAACACUUACCUAGAAUGUCCUACAAGACCAACCCCGCCGCCACCAAGGGAGGCCAGUCUAACUCAGACGUUGGGUAGGCGGAUAAAGAUGUUGCGUCGAACCUGGAGCAUUACUAAGGGCAGUCUGGGUAGAAUCAGACGACGGACGUCCGUUGAUGAAUCCACCUUCGAUGAUAAGGAGCAAGCCGUCAACGAACCUCAAACUGAUGCUGGAAAGUACUUCAAUUUUCGAUUGAAGCAUUUCAGCCGAAAGAAUGUUGUUGGCCCGCCAACUUUCUACCUUGACGAGAACGACGGAAUUCGUGACAACAACAACGGCAUCAUCAAGGAGGCAAUUUACACUAAUAGUCAAUACAUGGGAAGCAGCAGUGAUGACUCCUCGAGAACGCCAACCGGCGUAGACAUCGAUCAUUACAGUGUACUUACCGAUCAAGAGCCUCUCUAUCAGUUUUAUGCGGCUGCAGUAGCUCGUGUUGCCUUUGAAUCAGAUUCUGAAGGUUAUGAAGAGGUAGAAGAUAUGUUGCAGAAAACGGAACCAACCACAGCAGAUCUUACCAGAGCAGGACAAAGAAUGCUCUGGUGUCAUACUCCACAAGUGAUACACAGUGGCCUCUUACAAAAAUUAACACCAGAAGAGAAGAAGAUUCAAGAAGCGAAGUUUGAAAUCUUGACUUCCGAAGCAUCAUAUUUAAAUUCUCUUCGAGUCCUAGAGAACGAGUUCCUCAAUAAUCAUAUACUAAUGAAUGAGAUAUUAACCCCAAUUGAGAGAAAGAAAUUGUUCGGUGGAGUUCCGAGCGUAUUGUCGGCAUCGAAAACGUUCCUAGCUGAAUUGGAAGCCGUGUGGAGAGAAGAUCCGAUGUUACCUGGCUUAUCGGAAGUCUUGCUGAAGCACGCCGAAAAAUGUCAGGCCAUAUACGUGGCAUAUUGCUCGAAUCAAGUUAGCAUUGACACAACCCUGAAAGAACUCAGAGCUCGAAGAGGUGUAAAAUUCUUGGAGACUAUAAAACGCAUAGAGAUGCAACCGGCAUGUCAAAAUCUAUCUCUACAUUCCUUUCUAAUGCUACCGAUGCAGCGUAUUACAAGGUUACCCUUAUUAGCUGACGCUAUUCUUUCUAAAUUAUCGAUGGGAAAUUCGGACAGAAUGUCUUGGGAGAAGGUUUUAUCAACUUUGAGCAAUGUCGUUGCUGAAUGCAACGAAGGUGCGCGAGCUGCUGUUCAAGAAGCCGAAAUGGAAACUUUGGCAAGGAAACUGGAAUAUACUUCGAAAAUUAAACCAAUCAUGCUAAGAGGCAAGCAAUUAGUUAGAAGUGGAUCAGUCGUGCAAUUGUCGACAAAGACGGACACUGAAUAUAAGCUCACAUUCGGAAAAAAGUUCACUAAAACGCCACUUUACCUUCUACUACUUACUGAUUAUCUUCUAGUCACAAAAUUGAAAUCCAAUGCUCAUGACGAAUGCUAUACCGUCACAGACGCAUGCAAACGAAAUCUUCUAGCCCUAGAAUCAGCUUCCGAAGAAACGCCAUUUGCUGGACGAAAUGCUAUGAUAUUGACUUUUCUGGAGAAUUAUUGCGGUCGCCACAUAGAAUAUAUCUUAACGUGUGAGAAUAAUACAGAACGAGAACGAUGGCUGGAGGCUGUCUCACCGCCUAAACGAGGUUUAGUUGGAGAAACAUUAUAUGAAUCUUGGGAUUGUCCACAAGUGAUGGCCAAAUACCCAUAUUCGCCGAAUCAACCAGACGAGUUGUCGUUACAGCCAGGAGACGUAAUAAACGUAUUGAGGAAAAUGGCAGAUGGUUGGUAUCACGGUGAAAAAUUAUUGGACGGUGAGCAAGGAUGGUUUCCGGCAAAUCACACAAAGGAGGUUGCAUCGGAGCACGUGCGUGCACGAAAUCUGAAACAGCGGCACCGUCUCUUAGCACUCAGCAACAGCGUAAUACAACAAAGAAGAGCGAGACAAAUUCAAGGGAUCCAUUGACAAAAUUAAAAUAAUCUGAUUAUGAGUUCGAAUCACUCAGAUAUUAUCAGAUUGCGUGCGUUAAUGAAUUAUUUAUUUAUAUAAUACAUAUGCGAUUUCUACAUUUCAGUAUUGAAUAUUCCAAUCAACUAUGUGCCAAUGUUACUUCUCAAAGCGGAAAAACAAUUUUCUAAAAUUUUUUACUGUAAUAUAUUGAAA